AUGAACUCGACCCUGAGGAGUAUCGCGGCGUCGUUUGGCGUGACGGAAUGCACCUCGGACACAUUGGUUCCACUGUCAGAACCGAUAACCAUCCUGUCGACAGCAAUCCCGUUGCCAGUCAGUCCUCGUGCACCACCAGUUGAAAGGACUGCAACGGCUCAAGUGGACAAGGAGGUCGCCGAGGAAGCCGACGACGAGGGCACGACGAAUAACGUGCAGAAGCUGCGUCAAGAAAUCGCCGACACUCGUCGCCGCAACCGCCUUCUCCAAGUGCAAGUCAAAUCCAUGGAAGCGUCGCAGAAGAAAUCGCAUGCGUCCGUGCUGCGUCGCAUCAGUUGCUCGGAAUUGAAACUCCGCGCCGUCCAUUCCGGCCUGGCUAGGCAAUUUGAUCAUGUUAUGACCCAGUGUCAAGUCGUGACUGCUCGGCAGGAAGCCAUCCCCCCACCCAACGAGCUACGAAAGCCGAGGCCCCCCCGCCGCCACCUGUCUCUGCGAGCCAACUCCGCGACCUCCAUCAAGUCCGAGGCGCCUGGUUUUUCCAAGCCAGCAAAGCCCCCCGCACCCAAGAAACCAAAGCGUUUGGUCAACCCAUCGUACCACGAAAAUAACGGCAACCAUGAGCCUCGUCGCCCGUUGUGGGAUGUCCACAACAGCAGUCCCAUGGCAGCUAUUUCCAACAACGGGUGCGAUGUCAUCACGAUGCGAAGGGGAUGGACAGUAGCCAUGGCUAAACAUGCAAGUCAGUGUUUUUCAGUUCGAGUGACGCACCCGUCGUCGAAAUCAAACGUCACGGUGGCCAUAGGACUGACCCGCAACCGCCUCUUGGGGCAGCAGGCGCCAUCCCCUGCCCGUACGUCGUCCCCCCCCCUCGACUUCGCCUUUCACAUGUCGGGGUGGUUUCUCGACUUCCACUCGGGCCGCGUGUCCAGCUUGGAUGGCGACGACAACUCGCCGUAUUGCACCGGGUUUACCUCGAAAGCCGUCGUAACCGUGCAGAUCAAGCAUGGCGCCUUAAGUUACUUCAAGAACGGCCGACACUUGGGCAUCGCCAAGUCGGGGCUUCCAAACAUUCCACUGUAUCCUGUGAUGGUGUCGUACAACCGAGGGGUUCGCGUGGAGUUUGUUGACGCGUGGUACGAGGUAGCCCUGUAG